AUGCAUUUCACCUCCCUCUCCACACUAUCUCUCCUCGCCCUCCUCCCAACCCUCACAUACGCACAAGCAGGUUUAGGUGGAAUAGUCGUCACAUCAGUAGCCACACAGAUGGCGACGACCACACCAGGAGCGCCAUCACUUUACACAACAGAUGGUACGACAACCGUCUCAUAUAUACCGAUAUACACGCAGACGUUUGCUACGACGGCUUUGGGAACUUGGGCUAUUGGGCCUACGCCGCUGGUGGGAAGUAUUGGGUUAGGUACUAUUCAGGGGACGGUGAGGGGGAUGAAGAGUAAGAGGGCGGCGCCUAGUGGGGUUUUUGGGGAAAGUCGUUAG